AUGUCUUCAUCGGACGGUUUUCUUACAUCGUUAGAAUCAAUACAGACAAAUUUAUUUCGAAUUGGUGGUCCAAUAUUAUUGGUACUUGGUAUUGUCAGUUGUGUCAUCAAUCUGAUGGUUUUCACUCAAAAAAAUCUACGUAAAAGUCCAUGUUCGAUCUAUUUGAUAGCAGUAAAUAUCGCUAAUUUCUUAUAUCUUACUAUAUCAGUAUUAUUGACUACAUUAGCACUUGGCUAUGGAAUAGAUCCUACUAAAUCUAAUCUCUUCACAUGUCGUUUCUGUUAUUACAUAUUAUAUUUAUUUGAUAUUCUCAGUCCAUUUUAUGUUAUCUUAGCUUCAAUCGACCGGGUUUUAGUCACAUCAUCAAAUGUUCGAGCACGGCAAAGAAGUACUCGUCAUUUAGCUUAUAUUUGUAUCGGUUGUGGAACAUUAUUUUGGAUAUUGUUUCAUUGUCAUACAUUAAUUCUAGUAGAUAUACAAGAAAUAGCACCUGGUUAUUUUAUGUGUUACGCUCGAGCAGGACUAUACACCCUUCUCAUAGGUUAUUAUUCAUUGUUCGUCACAGCAAUUAUAGUGCCUUUGUUAAUGAUUAUUUUUGCCAUAUGGACUGCAAAAAAACAUUCGAAAAGUGCGUCAACGACGCAUUGCUCCUGUGCCACCGAACACUAGAAAUACAGCGGCAAACUUUGUACAUCUCUUUCACUCUAAAGAUCGACAAUUUGUUUUAAUAGUAGCUGUGGAUAUUUUUAUUUAUAUAGCAUGUAAUGCAAUGCUGUUAGUUGUUAUUAUAUAUUACCAAAUCGUGCAGAAUAACGACUUCACACAUAUGAGCAUCUUUCUGAAUUUUGUAGGAUCUUUUCUGUCUGAUAUUUCAUUUUGUAUUGGUUGUUAUGCAUAUUUAUUUAUAUCGAAAACAUUUCGAAAAGAAGUGAAACGUUUAUUUUUUGGUCAAUAAGUUAGAUGUUUUCUUUUUUUUUGUUGUUGUUAAGUCUGUAUACUUCUUUGUUGUCUAAAAUAAAAACGAAGUUAUUCGUAAGAUUAUAACUGUCUUUACGUGCAAAUGCUCCAUGAUUUGAAGUAAUUAACAUUUAAAAGAUGAGAUAUCAUGAUGUAAUGAAUAUUAACCAGUAUUGAUUCUCAAGUUGUGCCUGGAUAUUGUUAUAGUGAAGGAAUAAGUACUGAAACUUGUUCGUUUAUUUAUCGUUCUUCCGCAUUGAUGAUAUUUAGUACUGAUAUUUCAAAUAAACUAUAUCCAUGCUUUAUCUUAUCAAUUCGAUAUCUUUGAAACAUGAGAAUAUCAAUAUAUUCAGUUAAAACUUAUCUCGGGGUUUCAAUUUCUCAUGUCACAUUUAUUGCCUCCUCACGAACAUAUUCUAAUUUAUUUAGAAUCUUUGAAUAUAACGUCUUUCGUAUUCUGAUUGAUAAAUCGAAUUAUCAAUGAGUAUCGAACAUUGUCUUCGUUUUCCUCUGCAACGCGUACGACUGCAGUUAAUUUUAGCUGUUUUAUAACUAAUUUCAUUAUUACCCACACCUUUUUUCAACUAAAAUCAGGUAAAUAUUAUGUAUACAUCUACUAUAUAUUUCGUUUCAACGUUUGUUAUUCAUAUCAUAUUAUUAUAUAUCAAUAAUUUUUUUUUCUUUUUUUCACCAUUGUAUGCAAACAACGCGCUUUUGUUCAUGAUAUGAAUAUCAAUCUUUUAUGUACCUACACUUCGCUCUCUAAUUUUUCAACACUGUCAUCAUCAUGCCUGUUUUGUCGAUAAUAAAAAAAAAACUUAUCUCGAAUAUAUACUUAUCAGUCUGUUAAUAACCCAUAUUAAAUUUAAGAAGAAUAAAAAAAAGGCAAUUAUUAAUAUAUUAAAAUAAUAUUAAAAUAUCUUCAUUAAUUCCUUCAACUUGUGAGAAUUUUUAUUUAAUAGUUUAGAAUUAUUUGAAAAGAUCAUCUUUUAAAUUAAGACAAUUUGAAACUAUAGUUUUUUUUUAUUCAUUAUUAUGAAAAGCUGAGGGUAUUGAUUUGGAUUCCUUUCUUUUUUAUCUACACCAACGCCGUCAAAGAAGAAAAAAACUUGUCAGCGCAGCUGCCUGGGGGCUAAAAUAUACAAUCAUACAUAUUCAUCGUGAUUAUUAACAAAAACAAUCAUCGUUCUUUUAUCAGGAUGUACGCGUAGACAGGUGUGAUUUUGAUGAUUUGGAUUGAUUCAUCAUCCAUGUAGUACCUAUACCCACACUGCAAAACUUCAGUUUAUAGUUCACACACACAUUUUUAUAUGUAAAUUUCACGGAAAAGAUAUCUAUUGUUUUAUAAUCAAUUAGAAAUAUUAUAUUUACAAGAUAUACUUAUCUAAUUGCAUUUGUUUCUAAUAUUUUUGUAUAUAUUUUGAGAUACAUAACUGAAAGAAAAAAAUAUCUUGUGGAUUGAGACAAAAAGUAUUCAUCUCUUAUCGAAUACAAAUAACUAUUUUGAAACCGUCAAAAUAAAAUCUAUCAUAAGGAAAGCAUGUUACUGCGCUUCUUUGUAACAAAAACCAUUAUUGAUUCUAAAAAAAAUUAUUAACUUUUUAUUUAAAACAUAAUUUUGUUGUUUGCCGUUCUUUCUUCAUUGUUUUAAUUAAUUAUAAGUCUCAAAUUGAGCCAUCUGUUAUAAUUAUUUAAUUGAAACUAAACUAUGAAGUAUAAAUAAAAAAGGCAAAUGAUAAACUAAUAAAACUUCUAACUCUCUUACAGUGUGACGAUAAUGAAAUUAUUCUCAUCAGAAAUAUAUAAAUGUAAAACGCCUUGUAUGUUCUUUUUCCUUUUUAUCUUCCA